AUGAUUUUUGAGCCGGCCGAACGCGUUCUGCUGCCUACCAAGGACCUUUUGUCUUUCAUUUUUGACGCACCUCCUUAUGAUCAGGAAAAGCCGAUUUACAUUGACGCUCAGAACCCUUCGCGUUCGAUUUCCUGCAACGAAGCUCGAAAACUAAUCCGUCGUCUUAUCGCUGGCUUCAGAGCUGCUGGUUUACGGCAGGGCGAUUGCGUUCUUAUUCAUUCGUUCAAUGAUAUCAACUAUAGUAUCCUCGUGCUUGCCAUCAUUGGAGCUGGUGGAAUCUUCACGGGAUCGAACCCAGCAUACACUCCACACGAGCUAGCUCAUCACAUCAAAGCCUCAGAGAGUAGAUUCCUGAUUUCUGAGCCGGAGAUCUUGGACCCUCUUCUUCGCGCGGCUGGAGAAACAGGCAUCCCUGACCGUCAUGUUUGGGUGUUUGACAACCUAAACCAGCCAAUUCCUGCCAAAAGACAGUCCUGGAAGGAGCUUUUGAGUUUUGGCGAAGAGGACUGGGUUCGAUUUGACGAUAUUGAAACAGCCCAAUCGACAACCGCCGCGAGACUUUUCAGCAGUGGGACAACUGGUCUUCCCAAGGCUGUUAAAAUCACGCAUUACAACCUGAUUGCCCAGCAUGAGCUCGUGCUCGGGGUGAACACUCGCCCGUAUCCUAUCUCGCGUAUCAUUGCCGUUCCCGUUUUCCACGCUUCAGCUGCUCCUGUAACCCACAUAUCCACGUUGAAGGAGGGAAACACGGCCUAUAUGAUGCGAAGAUUUGAUCUUCAAGGAUUCUUGUCCGCAGUGGAGAAGUUCGACGUCACCGAUCUCGCCAUGGUACCGCCCAUAGUCAUCGCGAUUUUGAUGUCCCCUCUGUCCCAGAAGCGGCCAUUCCUUCGCAAGGUUCGCGCUGCGGCUUGUGGAGCUGCGCCUUUGGACAAGGAUGUCCAGGCCCGUUUCCGCUCAAUGAUGAGUGAUAACAGCCCCUUUACUCAAGUCUGGGGAAUGACAGAAACAUCCUGUAUAGCAACUAUGUUCCCGUUCCCGGAACAUGAUACUACUGGAUCUGUGGGGCGACUCAUACCGAAUUUGGAGGCCAAACUCACAGACGAUGAUGGCAAUAAUAUAUCUGCCUAUGAUGUACGCGGAGAACUGUGUGUCCGAGGACCGACAGUAACUCCCGGAUACCACAAGAACCCGGAGGCCAAUGCCCAAAGCUUUGAUUCGGAUGGAUGGUUCAAAACUGGAGACAUUGCAUACUGUGACAAGAACACACGGAAAUGGUACAUCGUCGACCGGAAGAAAGAGCUCAUCAAAGUACGGGGCUUUCAGGUAGCUCCGCCAGAGCUUGAAGCGGUCCUACUCUCGCACCCGGAGAUCAUCGAUGCAGCGGUGAUUGGUCUCACCAUCUCAGGUGCCAACACUGAAUUCCCACGCGCAUAUGUAGUGCGGCGACCGAAGAAGGAUGGGGCUGAGCUCACCGAACAAGCAGUCAAGGCUUAUGUACUGGAGCGUCUUGCCCGGUAUAAGGCACUCACUGGCGGGGUCAAAUUUGUCGGUUCGAUCGCUAGAAAUCCUAGUGGUAAGAUUCUGAAGCGAGUUUUGAGGGAAGAUGCAAAGAAGGAGAUUGAAUCUGGGGCCAUUAAGCCUCAUCUUUGA